CCCCGUGACCCGCGCGAUGAGUGCCAACGAGGACCAGGAGAUGGAACUGGAGGCAUUGCGUUCUAUUUAUGAAGGAGAUGAAAGUUUCCGGGAAUUAAGUCCGGUUUCAUUUCAAUAUAGGAUAGGUGAAAACAGUGAUCCCAAAGCCUUCCUAAUAGAGAUUUCCUGGACAGAAACCUAUCCCCAGACACCUCCAAUCAUAUCUAUGAACUCCUUUUUUAACAACACCAUCAAUGUAUUUCUUGUGCAUUGCAGAUCGUCAGCUGUAAAACAGAGCAUAUUAGCCAAGUUACAGGAAGCAGUGGAAGUCAAUCUCGGGACGGCCAUGACCUACACGUUGUUUGAAUAUGCCAAGGAAAAUAAAGAGCAGUUCAUGGAGAAUCACCAUCCUGUUCAUUCUGCUACGUCCAUAAGCAAUAUCAUCUCAGUGGAAACUCCUAACACAGCCCCAUCAAGUAAGAAAAAAGACAAAAAAGAACAACUUUCAAAAGCCCAGACACAUAAGCUGGCAGAUAAAACAGAUCACAAAGGAGAACUUCCUCGAGGUUGGAACUGGGUUGAUGUGGUGAAGCAUUUAAGCAAAACUGGCUCUAAAGAUGAUGAAUAGCACUUGGAAUUUGAGACGAGGGAGGAAGAGCAUCCUUUAAAAAGAGUAUGAAGCCCUUUUCAAAUUCUCAUCCCAAUGGAGCAG